AUGGAUUAUAAUAGUUAUGGCCUAGCCAGUAUGUCGCCCCGGUACGAAUACAAAUUGGCAGGCGCACCUUUGGAAAGAGUGCAAUCUGUACGUGAUCUCGGAGUUACAGUAGACGCAAGGUACACGUUUAGAGACCACAUAGUCAGUGUCUGUAAGAAAGCUUAUAAGCGACUGGGUUUUGUCCUUCGGAGAGCGUCUGCAUUCACCAGUACCAGAGCCAUCACAGUGCUGUAUAACGCAUUAGUAAGAAGUCAGUUGGAAUCCAACGCCGUUCUUUGGGCGCCACACGAAGUUAAGUAUAGCAGUAUGCUAGAGCGUAUUCAAAAUAAGUUUACGAGACACUUAUAUCAAAGGCAUUACGGGGUGUAUCCUUACUACCCCUUAAUGUAUCCGACGUUAUUCGUUUUAGGCAUGGUUGGAUACGCUAAGCUCGAAGCACGGAGGCACCUGGCGUUGGCCACGUAUGUGUUCAAGGUGCUGAGAGGCAUCACAUAA